CAAGCAAACAGACAAACAGACGGACGAAGAGGCAGUCAGACAGACGGAAAAAUAGACAGAUACAUAGACAGACACAGAAACAAACAGUUCUGAUGUGCCUGGAGUCCGAUUUCACUUAUCACCAAGCAUAGACACUGUCCCGGAUAAGAUGUGAGUUCCGGAUACGUUGCGAGUCCCGGAUACUUAGCGAAUCCCGCAUAAUCCCAUGCGACUGUCGUUUUUGUUACGUUGUGUAGACCGUUCGUUGUCGUCCGUGAAACCGCUUCACAAUGUACGAGUAGUUGACUUGACCAGAGUGUUGGCAGGACCGUUUGCAACAAUGUUGUUAGGCGAUCUUGGUGCUGACGUCAUCAAAAUAGAAAAACCAGGUAGUGGAGACGACACGAGAUCAUGGGGACCGCCAUUUGUUGGAGACAAUAGUACAUACUUUCUUUCAGUAAACAGAAACAAGAAGAGUGUUGCUGUUGAUAUAAAACACCCAGACGGGCAACAGAUAUUGCAACAGCUGAUUUCUCAAUCCGACGUUGUAGUGGAGAACUUUAUUCCAGGAAAAUUAGACUCGCUUGGUCUUGGCUACUCAUCCAUUACAACUUAUAAUCCGUCAAUUAUUUAUUGCUCAAUAAGUGGGUAUGGACCAACAGGACCAUAUGCCAAACGAGCCGGAUAUGAUGUCAUAGCAUCAGCAGUGGGAGGUCUGAUGAACAUAACGGGCCCUCAUGACGGCGAACCGGCGAAAGUUGGUGUUGCUAUUACCGACUUGGCGACCGGUUUGUACGCACAGGGAGCAAUCAUGGCAGCAUUGCUGCAUCGACAGACGACAGGAAAGGGACAGAAAAUUGACUGCAAUUUAUUAAGCACUCAGGUGGCUUGUUUGGUGAAUGUUGCAUCGGCAUACCUCAAUGCGGAAGUUGAGCCGAGACGUUGGGGAACGGCGCAUGCCAAUAUCGUACCAUACGAAGCAUUUCGGACGGCCGGUGGGAGUCCGAUAGUCGUCGGAGCUGGCAAUAAUCAGCACUUCGAUAUUCUCUGCAACGUGAUGGGAGUGGAGCAUCUUAAGAGUGACGAGAGAUUCUCUGAUAACAGUAAGAGGGUCCAGCAUCGAACUCAACUGAUAUCCGAGCUUGCAAACAGAUUUCUGGAGCUGACGACUGGCGAGUGGUUGGACCGUCUGGAUGGUUGUGGUAUUCCCUACGGUCCAAUCAAUACGAUGGAGCAGGUGUUCACAGACCCACAAGUCAGACAUUCCCAAUUGGUUCGAGAAAUCGAACAAAACGAUGGAAACCGAGUCCACAUCAUUGGUCAUCCUGUGCAGUAUAGUGAUGUUGAUCCAGAAGUACGACUUCCGCCUCCAUUACUGGGCGAGCACACUGAAGAAAUAUUGCUCUCGACUUUAGGAUACGAUAGAGACACUGUUGAUACUUUGAAUAAGUCUCGUACCAUCCAGCUGCAUGCUGGUGAGAAAUUUACUACAGCUGCCUAGUUGUAGAGAUACACGUGGCAGCGCACGUGCCCAAUCUGCAUUUGUCCAGACUGCAAUAUGACGUCACUGUUAUUGGUUGUUUGUUAGAAAUUCCCCGGAUA